GUAGCUCUUCCCCCUAUAGUCUCUAUGGUUGCGCCGGCGUUGGCAGUUUCGGCGCCUCACAAGUACUAAGGCUUCUAACUUUGCGGCCGGUCUGUGUGGUGUGGGCCUUGGCGCAGCGCAAUGUCCGAGAAGAAGCAGCCUGUCGACUUGGGUCUCCUGGAAGAGGACGACGAGUUCGAGGAGUUUCCUGCGGAAGACUGGGCUGGCUUAGAUGAAGAUGAAGAUGCACAUGUUUGGGAGGAUAAUUGGGAUGAUGACAAUGUAGAAGAUGACUUCUCCAAUCAGUUACGCGCUGAGCUGGAGAAGCAUGGUUACAAGAUGGAGACCUCGUAGCAUCCAGGAAUGUACCAGGAACCUUUCCCAUGGACUCUAUCUACCAUAGUCUAGGACAGAGAAACCAGGACGUGAUACUUUAAAGAACAUGUUUAUUUCAUUAUCUGCUUGGAUUUAUUUUUGUUUUUAUAACAAAAAAAAGUAAAUAAAUGUUUUCAUCUAA